UCCAAAUUACCUCAUAUGUUGAAAUCAGGUUUAAUUAACAUCGUAUUAGGCUACUACAUAGACGUUAUCCGUCACACUGCAUUGAGGAAUAUAGUCUACGUCAAAUAUUUAAUAAGCGUACGUCACGAGCGCAUUGUUUUUACAGGGAAAUCAGGAAUGUUGCUUCCGGUUCCCAAGAGUGCAAAAAACAAAACGGAAGCUGAAUUGGCUCUGUUUAAGCUGUGCAUUCUGUGUGGGGGGGGAGCACCUCCUCUCUGAAGGUUGCUGUAGCCUGUAGCAUACUAAAAGGCCUCGUCUUCUACAACCUCCGAGGUUUCCCUCUGCCAGUAGGAAGUAUUUUGUGAGCUCUUCUGGGAGUGUGGCCAUUAGGUUUUUGACUUGUGUAUUGAAAAAUAAGAGCCAAGUAUUUAGAGGGUGCACCUGGCUUGUUUGGGAGGGGAAGCAAAGGAGGCGGAGUCUCAGCACAUCCUGUAUCCUUGGAGAUGAAGCUACAGGCUGUGAUGGAGAACUUGCAUAGGCAACAGCGGGCCAAGCUGCUCAUGGAGAUGGAGCAGCAGCAACAGCAGGCAGGGCAAUUGCAGACCUCCGCCACCACAGAAGAAGAGCUAAAGCUAAGCUCCACCUCUGACACAGAGAGCGCUCAGAUGGCAGCGCUAGCGGCCAUGAGAGCCGUGGCAGCCGGACUGCAGAAGCAGCAGACAGCCAACAGCCCCAUGUCGGAACGCAGCAGUGCUGAUGAGGAGGAAGAAGAGGAUUUGGAGGAGGAGGAGGAGGAGGAGGGAGAUGAGCAAUACAAAGACAUGAUGGGGUCAGAGGAGGAGGCGCAAAUAAAGCAGAAGUGGGAUGAGGAUGACUUUGAGGGAGAGAUGGAGGAAGACUACGAUGAAGAUCUGGGCGACGAAGGCCUGCAGACUGGUCGUGAGGCCGUUGCUCCAGGCCGAGGCAUCCUGCUACUGCCCCAUCGGCAGCUCCACCCCCAUGCCCAGCUGCUGAAGGCCCGGGCAGGCUCUGCCCCCGAGCCCCGGACCUCGGGCCCCACUUCCCAGUCCUCCCACGGACAGCUUCAUGGCCAGGACCACGGCGACUGGACGUACGAGGAGCAGUUCAGACAGCUUUAUGAACUGGACAGCGAUCCCAACCGGAAGGAGUUCCUGGACGACUUAUUCAGCUUCAUGCAGAAAAGGGGGACACCAGUGAACAGGAUCCCCAUCAUGGCCAAGCAAGUACUAGACCUCUACAUGCUCUACCGGCUGGUGACAGAAAAGGGUGGGCUGGUAGAGGUCAUCAAUAAGAAGCUCUGGAGAGAGAUCACCAAAGGCCUGAACCUGCCCACCUCGAUUACCAGUGCUGCCUUCACCCUCAGGACACAGUACAUGAAGUACCUUUACCCAUACGAAUGUGACAAGCGGGGCCUCAGCAACCCCAAUGAGCUCCAGGCUGCCAUAGACAGCAACCGACGGGAGGGCCGGCGCCAGGGCUUUGGCAGUUCCCUCUUCACUUACUCCCCCAAUGGCACACCCACAAUGCUCUCCUCCCCGAAGCUCCCGCUGGCCAGUAUGGGCCUCUCCAUGGCCACCAAUGGUGCAUCGCUCUCCUCUGUGCAAAAAGUCAAAAAGGAAGACGACGGUGGUCAGUCUAACGUGACGGCAGCUGGCAGGCUUUCUGGAGCGCUGGCGGGUCACCCGGUGGUCGCGGCUCAGGCCGCAGCUGUGCAGGCCGCCAUGGCCGCCCAGGUGGCUGCGCUGGAGCAGCUCCGCGACAAGUUGGAGGCCGGAGAGCCACCCGAGAAGAAGAUGGCACUGCCAGCGGAGGAGCACCAGCGGCUCCUGCAGAGGGCGCUGCAGCACAACCUGCUGGCCAUGACUGCCCAAAUGCCCAUGAACAUCCGUAUCAACAGUCAAGAUGGCAGACAGGAUUCAGCCCUGAACCUCACCACAAAUGGCACAAGCAGCAUAAGCAUGUCAGUGGAGCUAAAUGGAGUUCUCUACACCGGUGUUCUUUAUGCCCAGGCUACGGGACUGACCUCAUCAGGAGUGUCCAGCAAAGCUCCUGGAGGCCGCAGCAACUCCCAAAUGCAUCCCCAGACCCCUACCUCAUCCACCUCUACCAACCCUUCACCUUAAACACCUCACCACCGCCAAGCUAGCUAAGGCCAAAAAUUAAACUUAGUUUCUUGAGCCUAUGCCAAAAAUAUACAUGUAGGAAGAACAUAUUCCAAGCCCACUUGAUGCACACUAUCUCAGGUUCACUUUCCUUUACUGACUCUCUUGUUCAAAAUGAACUUAAAAACACCUACAAAAGAGUUUACGGUAAAGACAAACCUAUAUUAUAUAUGCAAAAUCUGUGAAUAAUUUAUUUCUUUUCUGGGUACACAUUGGUUGGAAUCAGUAUAGGAGUAGAAACUAGAAAAGGUAGCACUCUGUUUACACAUUUUACAUACCUGCUGACUGACAAUGAAGCUUCCUGUUAACAGGAGUAAAGAACAUUUUCAAAAUACAACUUUUGUUAGUGUUAUAAAAUUUAAUGCAAAUAAGGUUCUAAACUAUACAUGUAUUAUUCGUGUAUAUCUAGAGUGCCUUGUGAAACAACAUCUCUUCAACAGAGUUUUUAUCGAUUCUUGGCAUGAGCCACAACAGACUCGCCCAAACUCCUUGCAACACCACGAUGAGUGUGUCAGACUUUGUGUUUUCUGACACUUUGUUCCUGGCCACCUGGGUGUGUGGUGUUUUGGAAAUGUCAGUGGAGAGCAUUUUUACAGUUACUAGAUGUAAAAUGCCAGUCAUUUAUUUUCAAAAUCGACGUCAAAGGGGUAUAAUGUUGCUUAUGUGGUGUGAGAGUGAAGUUAGCGCUGCAUUAUAAACUUCCGGAGGAUCUAUUUUUGCAAGCCAGCAUAUACAUACCUGUGUAUAUAAACUAUGUUUAAUCAUGUUAAUUUUACUUGAGAUUGAGAAAGCCCUCUUUAAACAAGUGAGUGAAAAAUAGAAAAAAAUCCAAGCAAAGAUGCUUAUGUAAUUCAGCGGGAGUCAAGCAUAGGUAAGCCCUCUUAUAGAUCUGAACAAAAGCAAUUAACGUUAUUCCAAAAUUUCCUACACCAGAUUGUUAAAUUGCUAUUUAAGAUGCACAGUGCAGGGUGUGAAGGAGCUUGCCUACUAUUUAAUUGUCUGGUCAGCAGAUGCACCAACAUUCUGGAAACAUCUGUGUGUCAUUAAUAAUAAAAAACGGCCUUCUUUUCA